UUUGACAGCACAACGUGAUUGACGAAAUAAGACGCACAAUUACACAACUGUCUGGAAAUUCCGGUCAAAAUGAGCAGUCAACGGGGUAACGUGAAGAAGUCAGGACCACCAAAGUACCAAAACAAAAGGGGUUUCAAAAAUGUGUAUCAUGACACUAGUAUUCAGACCAAGAAAAUAGUAAAUACUGAAGUAGCUGGAGUGUGCAAGAAGUGCAAGGAUGUCAUUGAAUGGAAAAUCAAGUACAAGAAAUAUAAGCCACUAACCCAGCUUAAGACAUGUGCGGACUGCAAAAAUAGGACUGUGAGACAUGCCUAUCACGUGUUUUGCCAGGGCUGUGGUGAGGCGAAAAAGAAGUGUACAAAAUGUGGAGAAAAGAAAGAUAUUGUCCAGCAGCCAUCCCUCUCUGAUGCUGCCUUAGCUUCCCAGGAUCGGGAGCUGCAGUUUGAGUUGGAGCAGUUGCAAGAAAGAAAACGACGAACAUUCAUGAGACUGCAGGAAAAGGGCAUGCUGACAUCUUUAGGAGACCCAAAGGCUGGUGGUGUGGAAGAAUAUGAUGAUGAGGACAGUAAUGAUGAGCUGGAAAAUGAGGAUACGGACGCUGAUGGUAGUGGAAUGGCUCCACAUGAUGCAUUGGAUGAGGUUCCUGAUCACACUGUUGCAGGAAUAAAGGCAUCAGUUACAUUGGGUCAUGAUGUUACAGAAACUCCAUGCCUAAGUGAUGUAGCCGAGACCAAGACUGCAACUGAUAGGAAAAGUGAUGAUGCUGAUCUGUGUGCACAAACAGUUGACUUAAAUAUUUCCUCUAAAGAAAAUGUGGAAUCGUAAGAAUAUUCCAAAGUAACACUUUAAGCCUUUACAUAACAUUGGGUUUUAUGUCACCUGCAGAUGGCGAAUAACUUUGUCCGUUCAGUGUUGUCAUCAUCUGAGCCACUUUCAUUUAAAUUUGGUAGUCUUCAAACAUUGUAUGCACUAUGGUCAUGGUCAGUUGAUGAUUCUCUAGAUCUUUGGGGCAAUAGGUCAAAAUGAUCCUUAUUAGAAAAUUAUGGGUUAGUUCAAAAGUUGAAUUAAAAAUCUUUAACAUUUUUAUAAUUUAUUUUUAUUAAAAAAAGAAGCUCGUGUAACAGUAUUGUAUUCUUAACAACUGAAAUUAACUAUUGGCAAAUGUUUAAGUUACAAUAUUUGUUCAUCAAACAUUGUUACAAGAUGUUUUUAGAAAUACAAUAUAUGUAUAUAGCAAUGUAUUAAUAAAUCCUGAAUCAUU